UGGAUGCACCAUCCAUUGUGCGUUUUGAUGCCAAACAGUAAACUGUGCGGAGAGCGUCUCUCCAUCUGAUUAGUGCACAUCUUGUUUUUUUAUAUUUUUUUAAACGCCGGCAAUCCAUUGAUAAAACUUUACAGGAUCAUCAAGGGAUUUUUUUAUAUAUAUUUCCACCUGUAGCUGGACUGAUCGUCGCCUUCAGCGUAAUAUAAGAAGCUGUGCAGAUCUCAGCUCUGCGCGUCUCGAACAGAACUCCGAUUGAAGUUUGAGAGGGGAAAAAAAAAUAAAAUAAAAAAAAGGAAGAGUUAACCGAGAAAGGAUCGACUCUUGGCUUGGCAACAGCGAGUCUACAACAAGCAACAUGCACCUUUCGCUGCGUGCGUAAACCGCCGAGGAGGAGGAUGAUGCUCACAUUAUGAGACGCCAUGGCAUGGUGUGACCGAGGGGUUCAGACUUUGUUGGCCAUCGCGGGGGCCUUCGUCGCUUUCAGCCUUAUGACCAUUGCCAUCGGCACCGACUACUGGCUCUACUCCCGGGCGUACAUUUGCAACGCCACCAAUGCCAGCACCGACGACACCCAGAUGCAAACCAAGAAGGUGAGAGGGGACCUAACGCACUCUGGACUGUGGAGGAUCUGCUGCAUCGAAGGUAUCAACAAGGGAAGCUGCUUUUGGAUCAAUCACUUUCCAGAGGAUAACGACUAUGAUACAGACAGCUCAGAGUACAUCUUACGCAUAGUGCGUGCAUCAAGCCUGUUUCCAAUUCUCAGCACCGUCCUCCUGAUGUUGGGGGGCUUGUGUGUCGGGGUCGCGCGUCUAUACAGCAGGAAGAACAACAUCCUUCUCACGUCAGGCAUCCUGUUUGUGGCUGCAGGCCUAAGCAACAUCAUUGGCAUCAUUGUUUACAUCUCCAGCAACGCCGGGGACCCCAGUGACAAGAAAGACGAGGACAAGAAGAACCAGUACAACUACGGCUGGUCCUUUUACUUUGGCGCCCUCUCCUUCAUCGUGGCUGAGUCGGUGGGUGUUCUCGCCGUCAACAUAUACAUCGAAAAAAACAAGGAGACGCGCUUCCGAGGAAAACGAGACUUCAUCAAAACCACGUCAUCCUCCUCGCCAUACUCCCGCAUCCCGAGUUACCGCUACAGACGGAGGCGUUCGCGCUCCAGCUCGAGAUCGACCGACCCGUCCCGCGAGCCUUCCCCUGUGGGGAUUAAGAUCAGCAGCGGCCCCGGUGGGGGAGGGAUGGGGAUGGGUCUGCCGAUGGGGGACAUAUCCAUGUACGCUCUCAGCAGAGACCCUUUGAAGGGUGGAGGCGGGCCUGCCGGACCGUAUAGUCCUGAGAGGAACACUGGGUUUUUACAAGUGCACAACUGCUUCCAGAAAGAUGUGAAAAACGGGGCGAACCGAAGGACGACGCCCGUGUGAAGGUCUGCAGCGUGUUGUUGGUUCGAGCGGUGAGCUUUAUGGAGCACAUGAAAUGUUGUGCAGAUGUCAAGAGACAACAGUUUGCCAAGUGAUUGUUCAGGUUGUUGCGCUGACAGGUCAUUGCUGAUUUUCCAACGUGCUUCUGAGACAGAGAUGGGACUAUUUCCGCACCAAGAACAGAAGUAAGUUUGUUUCUGGAUUUAUCGAUUGUGUUCAAUUAGUGGUCGCAGAUAGAUGUAGGAUUGUUUAAUGAAAUUGAUUUUAAGAUAUUCUAACUGUUGUUUGAAAAGGCAACUUUUGCUUUGACGUGAAGCUUGAAGAAUGUUGUGUUUGCACAGCCAUUCUUUGAAGACCAUUAAUUCAUGAUGAAAGAAGUGACCUUUUCGGACUUAACUAUCGUUUUGAUUUGUAUUCAAAGCAUUGAGAUAUUCUUGUGUGUUUUUUCUGUUGAAAUACUGUUUUGGAAAUUAACCCCUUUCACUGUUGGAUGUAAUAUUAUUUGUCUCCAAUAAUUGGUUUGUUCAAAAUAAGUGAUUUGUGUGAUUGUUUGCUGUCAAAGACUUAUUAUACUGAAGUUAUUACUUAAGACAGACGGUGCUGACUUAUUUUCCUAGAUCUACGAUUAAAAUGCUUUCACUGUAUGUCAUGAAUCUUUAUCAAGCUUGAGCAUAAGUCAUGUGAUCAUUGUGUGCGUUGUAUGUGUGUGAGAGUAUGUGCUUGAAUGUUAUGUGGCUCAAAUACAGUACAGCUACAAGACACUAUGAAUUUGUGUAAAUAAAUGUAAGUGGAAAUACUCAUACUAAAAACAUGUACAUUCCAAUACACUGUGCAGAUAAUCAGUGUAAACGUUAUUUACAAAGACUGCCUGUGUAAUUUGCUCUCAAUGUGCUCAGGGAUGACACAGGGAACAAAUUAGUUCCUCACUUAAGCCAGACAGACUGUUACAAUUGUUAUGUGUAAAAAGAAAAAACCAUCAAGGAACAUGGUUUUAGUGUUAACAAAUGAAAAGAUAUUUAGGCUUUUUAAAAUGGGGUUGUGGAGGGUAUUUAGAGGUAACCAGUGUCUUACUUGCAGUAGAGCUAGGAGAAUAAAGGUGUGGGUCUGGGGAGCUCCUUAUACUAUGGAUACAAUAGGUAGCCUGUGCACAGCAAAAGUUUUUUCUUUGUUUGUUUGGUUUUUCAAAGAAGAUUAUGCCAAAUAAAAAAACAACACUCAUUUAAGUUAGGAAGAUAUAGAAGGACAUCUGUUUUAGACAUAGUUUUCGUAUGAAUCAAUUCAAUUUCAAGUCAAUUCAGUUUUAUUUGUAUAGCACCAAUUCUCAACACGUCAUCUCAGGGCACUUUA